CCACCCCCUCCGCCCACUUACGAAGACGAGUCCUUCUUUGAGAAACACAUUGCCAAUGCCUCACCAAAAGCGACGUCAGCGCCGGUAUCGGCACCGGAACCGCGCACACCAAAGACACCGCGCAAACGGUCGCCCGUAUCGGACCCCCGCUUCUACCCGGCGCCCGAACCCCAGCAAACGCCUGUCCCAAAGGGUACGCCACGCAAACAAAAGACAAAGUACUCGACCAACCCUAUAGUGGAGCAGCACGUGGGUUGGGUGAUCGACUCGCGGCACCAGAAUGACACGGAUGACCACAUACCCGGCCACGACUCGCUGCCCAAUAGCGAGCUCUUGGUGGGCUCGGCCAACACUCAACUGUCCACUAGUCUCGGCUCAACCCCGCAAUCACUGCCAACCUUUGAACACCCGUCCCACUCGCUGCUCAAACAGAACGGCUUCACGCAAUUGGUGUACCAUAAGUACCGGUCCCGGUGUCUGAAAGAUCGCAAACGAUUAGGU